AUGGCUUCGAAUAACGUCGGCGCAAAGGAGGAGGUGCCCAAGAAGGCCACCGUGGUCGACGAGUUCGACGAGGACGUGUCCGACCCGGAUGAGGAUGACCUGGAUGACCUGGAUGACAUGCUCGAUGAGUUCGCCGCAGUAGACCUUCAAGCCAAGAAGCCUUCGGGGCCAGCAAAGCCAGACGCCGCUGGGGCAGAUGGUGCCAAGGGGGAAGAUGAUGUCCUGUCCGAAGAGGAGUUUGCGAAGCAGCUGCAGGCCGGCAUGGCUGAUCUCCUCGGGGACAUCGAGAACUCGCCUGAGCUACAAGCCCAGUUCGAGAGCAUAUUCAAGGAGCUAGGAGCCGCCGCCGCCGCCUCGGGUGCCGAGACAUCUGGUAUCCCCACUCCAAAGGCCGAGACUUCGACCAAGACUCCUCCGUCUUCUUCCCGCAGAGCCUCGGCCGCGGCCUCACCAUCGAGCAAGAAUGCGGAAGCUUCCUUCCAAGAGACCAUCCGACGGACCAUGGAGCGCAUGCAGACAUCUGGCGAGCAAGCCACAGCCGCUGCCGCAGCUGAGGGUUCCGAUGAUUUCCUUGCUGAGCUGCUCAAGCAGAUGCAGUCGGGUGGCCUUGACGGCGAGGGCAGCGAAGAGGAGUUCAGCAAAAUGCUUAUGGGAAUGAUGGAGCAGCUCACACACAAGGACAUUCUGUAUGAACCUAUGAAGGAACUGCACGAGAAGUUCCCUGGCUGGCUGGAGAAGAACCGCGCGACGACAUCCAAGGAGGAUCUCGAAAGGUACGAGUUGCAGCAGAAGCUGGUGAGCGAGAUUGUGGCCAAGUUCGAGGAGCCCAACUACGCGGAUACGAGCAAGGAGCACCAUGAGUACAUCGUGGACAGGAUGCAAAAGAUGCAAGAUGCUGGCCAGCCUCCCAACGACUUGGUCGGAGACAUGCCCUCUGCCCAAAAUCUCGACCUCCCCGACGAUCAAUGCGCCCCUCAGUAA